AUGAAUCAAAUUGAAUGUGAGAAAUGCUAAACUGUUCCUGAGAAAUUCGUUUGCUUAGAUUGUGAACAUUCCUUUUGCCUUUCGUGUUUAGCUAAAUUGUUUAAAUAACACGAAAGCUAGAUUGAAUGUGCAACAUGUUUCGAAAUAACACUACUAGAUGAUGAAACUAUUAAUGCUUUGAUGGAAGCUAAAUUACAAUUAAUUUAACCCCCAUUUAUCAUGCCUUAUACUACGUCGAAAAAAUAAAAUAAUCAAAAAGAUUAAAUGUAAAUUAAAGGUCAUCCAUUUAUUGAAAGACUAAAUGUCUCUAUUGAAAAAUGUUUAGACAAUAUUCGAGUCAUUUAAUUUGAUAGAUAAAAGAUAAGGGAAAUCUCAAAUAAAAUUAAAUAGGAUCUUGAAUCAGAAUUUAAAUCCUUGCAUCUAUAUCUAGAUGAUAAAUAAGAAGCAUUUAUGAAUGAGAUCUCCAGAUUUGAAACUCUGAAUUCUACUAAUUUAUAAAAAUAAGAAGAUGGAUUCCAGAUAGAUAUCAAAGAAAUGCAAAUAAUGAAGGAUGAAAUUAAAAGUAUAUUAUAGUAGCAAACUGGAAUUUAAAAUGAUAUUGAGCAAUUCAAAAUCAUAUUGAAGCAGAUUGAUGAAAUUACUAUCAAAACAAAUUAAUAAUAUUAAAGUCACCUUAAGCAAUUUUAAGAUGAAAUAUAUAAACUACCUCUUUAAUGGACUGAUUUUUCAAGUGCUUAUAAACAAUUUUUCAGUAGCUUCGAUACAGGGAUUUUGUAAUCAAUUAUAUCACAAAAGCAAAAAAUAGAUGAUGUAGAGAGUGAAUUAACAAAAGAAUCAAGUAGACUGUUUAAACAAGCAUAGUUUAUAACAGUAAAUCGAUUGGAAAAAAUUCAUUAAUCUUUGGCUAGUUAAAUCUCUAAUACAAAUGUUAAACCUAUUAAAGCAUCUCAUAAAUCUCAUAUAUCGUUAUGUUCUCCUCCCAGAAAUAGUUUUCUUUAAGAUGAAUACUAAAUUCCAAGGAAAUCAAGUAGAGUUGAGUUAUCCAGUAAAUUAUAAAGUACAGCGGAAACCAGGGUCAAUUCAAUGAAUAGAAAAAACACAAGAACUAUGAUACCAAAUUUAAAUUUGGGAGGAAUCUCGUUUAUCAAAUGACUUUAAUAUAUAUUUAUAGUAAUUUCUGGAAGGUUUGAUUUGU